AUGACCCAGUGCACUUGUGUUUUCUUGAUGCAGGACGACCGUGUAUAUGAGAAUGGCUCUCCUGAGACAAACAGCACACAGAUAAAACCUAUCAACAGGACUACAACCAGAAAAGAGCAAAAGAGCCAAUCACUUAGUGGAAGAUACAGACUGCAGGAUUUUGGAAAUGGCACCUUCACCGUGAACAUCACUGAUCUACAGGAGUCAGACUCUGGCAUUUACUGGUGUGGAGUGAAGAGAGCUGUAACAGACACAUAUAACACAAUCAGACUGACAGUAUCUAAAGAUUCAAGUGAAAGCAUCACCAUUUCCACACAACCAUACAAAGAAACACAAACGUCCCUUGAUUCGCACACAACUACACCAGCAGCACAUUCAGGAUCUGCAUCUACCACAGCAAGCCAAACCUCCAGAGAUUCAAGCCCUGAUGCACUCAAACGCUCAACCUUAGUAACAGGUUGUGCAACAGCAAUGCCUGUCAACAGAAACAAUGCAUGCAAAGUUGAAGAGGUGAGUGAUGCCAGUGAUUCUGCAAGCUGGGCUUCAACCAACAAAAAGUAUUUCUGCAGAGAUCCAUGUGGAUACGGAGAUAUAUUUGUGAAGUCUGACCAGACACCUAAAGGGAGAUACACACUGAAGGAUUAUGGAGCUGGAAACUUCACCGUGAACAUCACUGAUCUACGGGAGUCCGACUCUGGGAUUUAUUGGUGUGGAGUGGAGAGAGUUGGUCCAGACACAUUUAAGAAAGUCAUCCUGAUAGUAUCUAAAGUGCCUUUAUAUUAUAUUCCUUACGCUGCGGCUGGUCUGGUCAUCAUGGUCAUCUUGUGUGCAGUUGGACUGGUCACUGUUUGUCAGUGCAGAAAGAGAGUCAAGAAGUCAAGAGGUGUUAUUGAUAGAUCUAUAUACAAUUCCCAUCACAGCGAGGAGGCUAAUGCUGUUUAUCAGAACGCUCCUGAUGACAGACCCUACGCCACCAUAAAGAAAUCCAGAACCAAGUCUAAUGAUGAGAGCCAAUCAGACCCAAUCUACCAGAACCUACAGUUCAACACUACCCAGGGAGAAGCUAUAUAUGGCAAUCUAUAAAACAUAUGCAAUCCAAUAUCCUCAACCCCAAACACAUUCUACAUUA